AACAUUUCCUAAAAUCAAGGAGAUCUUAACCAUCCAUGUACUUCCAAAUUAAGCUUAUGACCCCCCCAGUUAAGUACCGAAUCCUAUCACAGCAUUUCAUCAUCUCUUCCUCUCUCUUUCUACAUCAACAAACGUUUGUACAGCAGCCAAGAGGCCUUUAAAAGUCGAAAGAAACCAAAAGACAGAGGCAAAGAGAGAAAUGGAAGCAUUGGCAGUGAAACCAGUGAUCAAAGUGGCAGCUCUUUGUGGGUCUCUUCGUAAAGGUUCUUUCAACCGUGGCCUCCUUCGUUCUGCAAUCCAGUUAAGUAAAGAGUCAGUGAACGGCAUGGAAAUUGAGUACAUAGAUAUCUCACCUCUGCCAAUGCUUAAUACUGAUCUUGAAGUCAAUGGUACUUUCCCACCUGUUGUUGAAGCUUUCCGUCAGAAGAUUCUUCAAGCUGAUAGUGUCCUCUUUGCCUCGCCUGAGUACAAUUUUUCCGUCACCGGACCUUUGAAGAAUGCUAUUGACUGGGCAUCUAGACCACCAAACUGUUGGGCUGAUAAAGCUGCUGCCAUUGUAAGUGCCGGAGGAAGUUUUGGUGGUGGACGAGCACAAUACCAUCUUCGCCAAAUUGGAGUUUAUCUUGACCUUCAUUUCAUCAACAAACCUGAGUUUUACUUGAAUGCAUUUGCACCUCCUGCAAAAUUUGAUAGCGAUGGCACCUUGAUUGAUCCGCCGUCCAAGGAGAGACUAAAGGAAGUUCUUUUAAGUUUGCUUGCAUUCACUUUGCGACUCAAAGGUCAGUGCUAAAAUAAUGUGCCGUUAGAGCUUCGUCUUGUUGGUUUUUCACCUGUUUGAUCCUUUAUUUUCCGUGUACUGUUGCAUUUGGAACUCAGGAUUAAUUUGUUUUCAUUCCUAUUUUUGGCCUCCAAUCAUGUGCCGAUGUAUCGAAACUCUUUAGUUUCUCAGUGUUCUGUACAAGCUACUGUAUUCAUUUCUUUGGUCUCAUAAUGUUAAAUAACCAAGUUUCGUCGAAAUAA